GCGAGACGCCGCUUGUAGCGGAAGCGGGACGCCGGGGCGGCGGGUGCUCAGCGAUGGCAUCCUAGCGGUGCCCCCCGCUCCCCCACCCCGCCCUCUUCCGUCGCCGGGACCGGGUGGCGCGGCCAUGGCCAGGGGUCAGGCGGCCGCGGUCACGGCCGUGAGCGGCGGGAGGCGGGCGCUGCUGCUGUGGCGGCCGCGCGGCGCGGACGGCACCUUCCCGCCCGCCGCCGCCGCUGCACGUGACCGCCACGCGCCCCCCUCCCCCGCGCGCCGCUGCCUCGGUGACUGGCAGCGCCCGGCCGCGCCGCCGGGCCGCGGGGCGGCGGCCGUUACGGCCGUUAACGGCAGCGCGGGGAGCGGAAGGCGCGUCGGCAGGACCGGCCGGGAGAGUCGGCAGCGCUGCGGAGAGCGGGAUGUAAGCACUUCUGCAUCAUCAUCUUUACAAAGCAAAGGGAAUAUUUCCUUAUUGGGAAAUAGGAAGCUUUUUUUUGACACUCAUGCACUGGUAUGCCUCUUGGAAGAAAAUGGAUUCACUACUCAGCAGUCGGAGGUCAUUGUAUCUGCAUUAGUGAAAAUUAUGAACACCAACCUGGAUAUGAUUUACACGGACAUGGUCACCAAAGUACAGCAGGAAAUUGCACUUCAGCAAGUAAUGUCCCAUAUUGGUGGUGUAAAAAAGGACAUGAUUAUUUUGGAAAAAAGUGAAUUUUCAGCACUUCGCUCAGAAAAUGAGAAAAUAAAACUUGAACUCCAGCAAAUAAAGAAGCAAGUCAUGGAUGAAAUUACCAAAGUUCGUGCAGAUAACAAGUUAAACUUAAACCUAGAGAAGAGCAGAGUGAAAGAAUUGUACUCACUUAAUGAAAGAAAACUACUUGAAAUGAGGACAGAAAUAGUGGAAUUGCAUGCACAACAAGACCGAGCUCUGACCCAAACAGACAGAAAAAUAGACACAGAAGUUGCGGAUCUGAAAACAAUGCUUGAAUCGCACAAACUUGAUAAUAUUAAGUACUUAGCAGGUUCAAUAUUUACAUGCCUUACUGUAGCACUGGGAUUUUAUCGUUUAUGGAUAUAAUAAAACAUCGAUUUAAAGGACUUCAACUUGCUUGGUUUCUGAAAAGAAAGAAGAUUUCUCUUUGCCUGGACUUUACCAAGUCUUGACUCAUAUUUAUUUUUUUUGUAAAGCAGACUGUAUUGAGAAUGUAACCAAAGAUGUGCCUAGAAACAAACUGUACACAUACUGUGCAUAUUUUGAAACUUGCCUCUGACGAAAGCAUGGUAUAGGCAUUUCUGCCAUUUCCCUCCAUUCUGAACUGCAGUACACCGUACUGCUGCAAAGUGUCGUGUAAGGCAUGACUGGCAUUCAUGCCAAUCGUAUGGGGCUGCAUGCUGUGGAGAAGAAUAAUCUAUGGAAUUAUGUUCCAUUGCCUAUUCAGACAUGCUUGCCGGAGCCAGUUGCACGUAUCAGACUGAAGUCUUGAUUAUUAAUGUAAAACUGAAACUACACGUUUUGUGGCUUGGAGGCACUCUUGUAUAAGUAGAAUUUGUGUUAACUGAGUCAUUCUUAAUCCCCUCCUCUAACGCUUGUUCACACAGUUAUUAUGAUCAAAUAUUUGUUUUGCUAUUUUUAUAAUAUUACAGUUAUCAGCUUGUUUUCCAGAUGGCCGUCCGAUCAGUUGUGUUUCAUGAGAGUACCGUCUAACAACAGCAGUGUAUGCUGCUGGGUUUGUUUGUAAUCUAUUUGUAGAGGGUUUUGUGACUAACUUGCCUUUGGUACAUGUAAGUAUCUGAUACUCAUUCCAUGUGCUAAUUGUUAACUGUACCACUGUAACUGGAAGUUUGAAGUGCAGUCAAAUACACUAGUUGUGUUAAUUUACAGUUAAGUGAUACAAAGUGUCUUUGGUGCUGCCUUCUUGAUGGAAGGGAAUUGAAUCUUCUAGAAAGGAAAGAGAUUUUAAGUGGUGGUUAUGAAGCGGUGUCUUAGGUGAAGGAACUGCAAUACUGACAGUCUUCUGGGCUUUUUGUUGUUUUACUUAAAAAAAAAAAUUCCUGUUGGUUCUUCAGAUGUGGAAGUUUGAUAGUGAAUAUAAUAAUGAAAGCAGUAAUGAAGACCUGCAAGGGUGUUUAAUUCCCUUCUGAGCAAGCAACUGAAAGCAACAAAGGAAGGAGUUCGUUGUAUCCAGGUAUCUAUCAUUCUUCCACUGAUGAAAUGGCUGCUUUAGUAGCAGUGCUGCCAUGUGUGUUCCUUCAGUUAAGGGAAAUUUCCCUUCCUUGGUUGCUCUUGGAGCACAACAUAUGCACUGGUAACAAAUGCUGUUAGAGCACAAUCAUGGCUUUGCUUAAUGAAAGUAAAGCUGUUUGGCUACUCUGCCUGUACUGUAGUAACCGUCUAAGUUUUUGGUGGUUGGGAAUACCAACUCUGAUCAUGUGCAAGUGCAGAGGAAGAGGUGCAUGCCUGUACCAAUACCAUACCGGCCAGAAAUAAAGAAUUUUGAAUAUUUUAUAGAA